AAUCGUUAUCAAAUGAAAUUUGAAGUACAGAAUUUGCAAUUAUCUGGAUUUUUAUUCAACCAGUUGGAAGAAAUUGGUUGAAAUUUUUAAUUUGGUUACAAAAAGUUCAAAAUAUUGACUUGUGAACACUGAAACACGAAAGGAUCGGCCUCUGUUUCUUAUAUUUCUCUAGAGUCGUGCCGAUCGAAAGUUUUCAUUUCAUAUCUCAUAAUCUCACCAAUAUUUCUUUUUCGUCUUCCCUUUUAAAAUUUCUCUAAUUCUUCUUCUUCCUUCCUUCCUAAGAUGCCCAUGGACCGAAUUCAGGCAACUUCCGAAUCCCCCAGCACCAGGCUCAUGGUUUUGUCCAUCGAAUGCCUCAAAGGAAGCUCACGCGCCGACGAGUGGACCGGCGACAUGCUUCAGACUGGCGACAUAGUGGAGGAGCUAACCAUCGGCUCGUCUCUCUGCGUCAGAUCCCCUUUCAAGAACGGCCGCUCCGGAAUCCAAAGGGUUCUACACAGUUCCUUCAAGGAUAAGCAGACUUCCAUCCUGGUUCGGGUCCGCCGUGGCCGAGACGACUUCUCGGAGUUGCAGGCCUGUAUUGUCCCCAACGACUCCGCCGGAAAAAAGCAAUACGUUCUCCGUUCGAUCACUGACCCGAACUACGUCGUCGGUUUCAUGGAUCGCACCGAGUCCGAAUGCUUCGACCUUCAAGCAUCUCGGGGUGAUAGAAUGGUGAGUGCAUUGGAAAGAACAAGGCUUCAAGAUGGAUAUGUAACAUACCAGUGGGAAAGAAGAAUGCACGAAUCGCUGUCUGUUCCGUAUUCCAGCUCUUUUCUUUCCAUUCUUCUUCUCCCAAAAGCUGCAAAUGAAGUUGCCACUCGCUACAAUGACUUGGAAGACACUCUUGCCAGAGCCAAUGCUUGGCUCAAUUCUGCUCAAGCCACUGGCGUCCCCAUUGUCUUCAUGAAUAUCCAGACUGAAUCCCUCUUAACAAAGAUAUCUGGAGAUACAGCUUCUUCCACUGUGAGUGCUGGUUCCUUGUCUGAUUUGUCCAAUCUCACCAAUGCCAGUCUCUACGGUUUUGAAGAUUACCAUGGGGUUGAUAUCGGUGUGGUUCGAUCUGUUCGUCUAUGGUAUUCUCCUCUUGGAGGAGAGCUUCCUAUUGAAAUCAAGCUAAAAGAAGGAGAUUCAAAGCUGGGGUUUUCCAUUGGCCGCACGGAAGAGGGUUUCAUCUAUGUUUCAGCCGUGGAUGAAGAUGACAAUGCGCCUUCUUCAAGAUCAGGGCUGAACCAUCUGUACAAGGAAGCUGAAAAUGCAUCAAAGUUGCUAAUAAUCUCUAGAGUUUCCAAUCAAAAGGUUCUCCCAUGGAUAGUAUCUUCUACAGGUGCAAUUCGAUGCUUCGACACAGUUUCACUCAGCCAGAAGCUGUCGUUGCAUAGGCACGCCAAGGUCCCAAUCUUUUUGCACGUCUUCUUAUGGGACACGGAAUUGUUAGCUUCUCUAAUCAGCGCCGCCCCAAUUAGGCAAAGACCGACGACAUCAUCGCAACCAGCUGCUCCGGCACGACUGGCUUUGCCUCCUGAGUUUCAGUUGGCUCGCCAACCAAAUGAUAACCAAAUACAGCCAUUGCCAGCGGACGCGUUCAGUGAAAGUAGAAGCGCAAGUAGAGAUGAGUCGUCUAUCAGAACAGAACGAGACACCGCUGGUGAACUUUCCUUCAGAUUUCAUGAUUUUACCCUAUCAAGCAACUGAAUGAUUUUGGUUUGCUUUAAUUCUUGUUCCAUAUUUGAACAGAGAAAUUAGAUGUUGCAGAAUCCCAUAAAGAACGAAAUUCUUAGGUAUUGUUGAGUACAGAAUUGUUCUUCUUAUAUAAUUUUAGCGCUUGUGUA